AUUAUAUUUUUCUGUUUAAGAAAGAGACUAUAGUAAAUUUCACUAAGCUUACUUCCUUUUAGAAUUCUUUAUAUCAACUAUAUAAUUCUCAGUAAGAAUACAAGCUGGAAAUUUAGAACAAAAGGAGGCAAAAAUGGUAUAUUUCUUUAAUAUUUUCGCUCACGUCUUGUUCUUGGUCGGUUCCUUCCACUUGAUUACAGCUUUAUCGUGUGAAGCUUCCAGAGGAAAACUACUGGAAUGUGGAAAUAAUGUAAAACAGCAAGAUCAAUGUCCAAAAACAUGUUGUUUUGACAAAACAGUAAAUCCUCCGUGUUAUUUCAAAGAAAGAGUUUAUGGUCCUAUUCAACACGCCAACGGUCGUUGUAUAAAUGUAAAAGAUGCGAACACUCUCAUUUGGUCGCAUGAUUGCACGUCAAGAGAUGCUUUAUUCUUAGUCUCAUUUGAGUAUCCACCGUAUCACGUUGCUACAGGAAAAUGUGUCGUACCGAGCAGUUUUGCUGGUAUUCCAUUGGCAUCAUCAGAUCCUGGCACAAAUGUUAGUCUUAUAUUAUUAACUAAAUUUUGCGGUGGUAAAAUAGGAAGAUAUCAACCAACUAAUAAUGGAAAUUUAGAAUACUAUCAUGGAAAGACUCCAUACGAUAUAUGUAUUGGUGGUUCAUCGGUUUUAAACAAUAAAUGGAUACCUCAUCAAAAUGAAGUAGUGGCUAUGGUGGAAAACGUGUGCAAAGUGGAUAACUUAUGCAAAUUGCACUAUGUUUACGAAAGAAAGUUUGGAAACAAAGAACAUUUAAAUAUUCAAUGCAAUAAAUUAUGUCCUACAUGGUUCAUUGACGUACACUCAGCAGAAUAUGGUGUUUUGAUGAAAGAAAAUGGGAAUGAAAGAAAACCUUAUAAGAUAUCGUUGGACAAAAAAAAAUGCGUUUCGUCAUCUGCUUUGAGCUUAGUGAAAAAGCGAUGCCAUGGAAAUAAAGAAUGCUCGUUUGAAGUACAAAAAAAUGACUUUUUAUCCACGCCAUCCCAGUGCAGCACAACGCCAUUUCUACUCGUUUACUACACUUGCACAACACUGGAAAAAGUGAGCAUUAAGACACCCGGAGCGACCAUCAGCACUGAUGAAUCAAAAAGUAACACUUUGGCAUCCACAACAACAACUGCUACGACAGGUCACAAAAUAACAACAGAAGACAGUAAAUUCAACAACAAAGAUGGCGAUGACCCAGUACCUACAACGGAAUCUACGAAGACAUACCUCAAUGCCACUUCAAAAAAAGAGAUAAACUCGGGAAACGUAGUUGUCCUUGCUGCUGCUGCAGUUGGUGCAGUUCUGAUUAUUUUUCUGGCUUUGUUGAUAAUUUGUUUUUUAUGCAAAGCACGGCGGAAACCAAUCUCCCGUAAUUUGUACAUGAAACCCUUAAAAUGUAAGAAAAAUUCAAAAGACGAAAAACACUUAUCCCUCAACAUGAACGAAGAUGUUCAAGGGAAUACAAAUGUUGCAACGGCACUAUCUGACGACUUGUACGCAACACCUUAUAAUGCUGACGAAGAUUGUACGGUAACAAUAAACGAUUUGUACGCAGUACCAGACAAGGUUGAUGAAAAGAAGAUUGAGACGCCAUUCGAAGACUUUUACACCAAACCUGAAAAAACACGACAGCAUGCAUUGGAAGAUCUGUACGAAACUAAACCAGAAAUCUACAGUUCUGUAGACAAACAUACAGGAGUGAAGAUAACAAGAUUCUUGAUGUAUGUUGAAGAGAUGAAAAAGAAUGAGAGUUUUGGUUUCGAAAAAGAUUUUAAGGAACUGCCGACUGGUCAAAUACACCCUUGGGAUGUCGGUAAAAGUGCCAAGAAUGCAAAAAAGAAUAAAUACAAAAAUAAUAUUGCUUAUGAUCAUUCGCGGGUUGUUUUAUCUGGAGCAGAUAGUUAUAUCAAUGCAAACUACAUUCAGGGAAUUCAAUCAGAAAUAUACAUAGCUGCACAAGGUCCUACCUCUGAGACUGUGAAUGACUUUUGGAGAAUGAUAUGGGAACAAGAUUGCACGUCAAUCAUAUGUUUGACUAAAAUGGUAGAAAUGGGAAAGGUAAAAUGUCUUAAAUACUGGUCAGAUGACGAGAUUACCUUUGGCGAAAUCGUUGUAAAAACUAGCAAGACUGAAAUGUUUGCCGACUAUGUCAUACGAUAUUUGCAUAUGGAAAAGGAUGGAGAAGGGAAAAAGGUCACCCAGUUUCAUUUCCUAUCUUGGCCAGACAAUGAUGCACCUAGAUAUCCCACGAAGCUUUUAGUUUUCCGACAACGCUUCCGAGUGAUGCAUUGCACUGAUUCAAGGCCAAUCGUAGUACAUUGCAGUGCUGGUGUUGGAAGAACUGGGACGUUUAUUGCGCUAGAUAUGUGUCUACGUCAUGUCAACGAUUUAAAUAAGCAAACAGUGGAUAUUAAAGAGACCGUUAAAAAAUUGAGAAAUCAACGAAGCAAUAUGGUUCAUACUUUGCAACAAUACACCUUCUUACAUGAAGCUGUCCUCGAGAUCUUUCUAUGUGGCGUCACAGAAGUUGCAGCACAAGAUUUGCGUACAGAGAUCGAAAGACUUGAGCAAAAGGAGCUGAACAAAUCUUUGAAUGGAUUUGAAAUUGAGUUCAAUACACUUUGCUCGGUUUGUCCUUCAUUCACCGCUGAAGAAUGUACGACAUCUCAACUUCCCGAGAAUCUAUCCAAGAACCGCGACAUUAACAUUUGUCCAGCGGAAAAUUUCCGUGUGUACCUUCCUGGAAGAAAAGCAGGAGAAGAAUGUUACAUCAAUGCCACAUACGUGCACGGCUACAGUAAAGCCAAGGCCUAUAUUGCCACGCAGACACCCCUUGCUCACACCAUCAACGACUUUUGGAAGAUGGCAUUUGAAAACAAAACGGUUGUCAUAGUAAUGCUAAAUACCAUUAACGAAUGUUGGGAAAGUUAUCCACAGUAUUGGCCAAAAGAACUUAACAACGAACAACAGUAUGGUGAUUUGUUUGUAGAAUUGGUGUCAUUCGAGAGUCAUGUACCCAUCGUUUUGCGCAAACUUAUCAUCCGCAGCAAAACCACAGAGAAAGCAGUUGUUGAACACGUUGUCAGACACGUGCAGUUUACAAAGUGGUCAGAACACGAGUUUCCCAAAAGUUACAAUGACGUCAUUGAUCUUCUGAACACUGUUGAAGAAGCACAACAGCGUGCACCUAACGGAGUAAUUAUCGUUCAUUGUAGCAAUGGAGCACAUAAGACAGGGACUUAUCUGACAUUGGCCAUCCAAAGAGAUCGUAUUCGAACAGAGCAUGUACUCGAUAUCUUCCGAUGCAUCAAAGUGCUACGAGAAGAACGCCCACAGUUCGUUCCUGAUGUGGAACAUUAUCGUUUCUGUUACUACGUUAUGCUCACCUUUAUUGAAUCGCUUAUGACGUAUGACAACAUUCCCAAAGUACAAAAGGAGUAAUGUUUGAUUUAUUAUUAUAUGAUACGGUAAAUUUAAUUACAUAGCAAUAGUCAUUUAUCUUAACUAAACGUAAUGUAUGCAUGAGCACUUUCCAAAAUUACACAGCAUACUCUUGUUUGCUGGGAUUUAUGUAAUUGGAAAUAAAUAGUUCGUAAAACAUAGGUAAUUUGUUGAAACUUUUAGUGGCAGGACUUUUACAUUAUUUUGCCAUUGGAGAUAUCUAGUGCAAUAGAGCAUAAUAUCUUUAUUUUGUCGACUUAAAAUGAUAAUGGUUAUAUUGUAUUGCCAGGACAAGGCAAUUUAUAAACUUAUUUUAAUACUAAGAAUUUAAUCAAUAUAAGUACGAUAACGUUAUUUGAAUACAUAAAAAAGUUCUUGAA